GAAUCAAUUGGUUUUUCAAAACUGAUACUAAAAACAAAAACAACACAAUAAGCUAGGCUGUUUGUCCAAAGCAUAUUCACGUGUUUCAAGAAAGUAAACUCAACACUACUCUGCAAGUGUAACGUUCAAACUGACAUAAACCAAUUCACCAAGACAUCUCAAAACUCAAAACUACAAAAAUGAACGUUAGCAAAUGUGAGUGAUUUCAACUUCAAAAUCAAAUGAAGAAGAACACGACAACAACUAUGGCUUCUCUUUCAAUCACACUUCUUCCUCUUCUCUUUUGUCUUCUCUUAUCACCUUCCCAAUCAGCUCAAGCUUCACCCCAUUUGCCAGGCUUCCUCUACACAAGAAACAGAGGAACAUGCACUCCACAGUUUUGGAGUGGGAGAAAAGAGACAUGGCCAAGGAUGGUACCGGAGACAUCAACAGUAUCCAAUGUGUUUGGAUGGAGAGUUUAUAAACGGUACAGAUCAGAUCUAACAUUGCUCGAAGCAACGACUAGGAAUGAUGAAGUAGAUAACCCCUUUGGAGCAUUGUUGAAAGAAGGAACAACAGCAUUGAUAAACUCGUAUGCAAGACAAGGUUUUCCUUAUAAGCCAUGGCAGGUUAAGACUUUGGUGAUGCAAGGUUUUGUUUCUGAGGUUGCUGCUGCUUCUCAAGCCAAACAUUUCUCCUUGGCUAAUCAUGCUUGCUCCUAAAUCUGUAUUAGUAUUUAUAAUGUCAUGUCUUUUUUAAUACUAUUGUAUAGAAUGGAAAUGGAAAUCACUACUGUGUGAUGUUAAUUUAAUUUGGAAAGAUGAUGAUGGUGUGAACUAUAUGAAGAAUUUGAAAAGUAUUAAUAAGUUUUUGUAUUA